AUGGCUACCUCCGCCCGUGGAGUCACUUCCGCUCCUUUCUCAGCUUACAUAUGCUUGUGGAGCACAGUGAAAACAUCACUGAACGGUUCUUAUGUUGGUCAGAACUGGAGAAACUUCUCCAGAGCUUUUAGAAUCCGAAAGUCAUUGAAACUGCUGAAAGAUGCUCGAACCACACCAUCAGUUGUUGCAUUUAACCAGAAAGGAGAAUUUCUUGUUGGUAAACCAGCCAAAAGACAAGCUGUUACUAACCCAACAAACACAAUAUUCGGAACAAAACGUAUGAUUGGGAGGAAAUUUGACAAUCCACAAACACAGAAACUAAUGAUGAUGGUGCCUUACAAGAUUGUGCGUGCACCUAAUGACGAUGCAUGUGUUGAAGCCAAUGGUCGGCACUAUUCUCCUAAUUAG